UGCUGUGUUUUAUACUGAUAAGUAAAGAUGCGAAUUCACACUGCGACUUGUGCGUAUCAGUGAGCGGAUACUUGCAGCAUGCAGGCUGCCCUCAGCCUGUGCGAGCUGCCUCGGAUCAUAUAAACGCAGCUUUCACUCCAGCAGCUAUGGCUGUGUCUGCAGGCCUCAACGCAGCAUGAAAACAUCUGAUCCCACUCCAGUAUCUCCAGUCGGCAGACAGUGCGGACUAGUCGCCACUAUGCGAUGUGUGUAAGGGACCAGUGGCAGUGUUGUGGACCCAGGCGGGAUGCUGCUGCUGACGGCUGGUCAGUAUGACUUUGCUGGACUUGUGGCUGUCGCGCUCUAUCCCCAUGUGCCUGCUCCUUCAGAGCCUUGUCCUCAUGGCCCUGUGCUUCCCCUCGGCCAGCAUGUGUCCAAAGGGCUGCAUCUGCCAACGUGACCCCCACCUCCACGGCCUCAACGUUACCUGCAGUCAGUCCCGCCUCAAAGAGAUCCCCCCCAGCCUUCCGGUCGACACCGUCCUGCUGAGGCUGGACCACAACCAAAUAGGCGCAGUGCCCGAUCAAGCCUUCCACGGACUCCGGUUUUUGAGGGAGCUCAACCUUUCAUACAAUGCGGUGGAGACCUUAGGGGAAGGUGCCUUCAGCGGCAUAGAGGCAACAUUACAGGUGCUGGACCUCUCCCACAACCGCAUCACUAGCGUACACAAGGAUGCCUUCGCUCGGCUCAAGGCCCGCGUCAUUGUGGACGAUAACCCCUGGCAUUGUGACUGCGCCCUCCAACAAGCCAUCGGCGGAAUGGCCCACAACCACGAGGCUGCCGCCAGGGUCCUCUGCAGGAGCUCAGAACUUCGUGACCAAGAGGGUCGACCUUUCUUGGCGGUUGACACUGACCUUUGUACCUUGGCCAAAAGGACCACAGACUAUGCCAUGCUGGUGACCAUGUUUGGUUGGUUCACCAUGGUCAUUUCAUAUGUAGUGUAUUAUGUCCGUCAGAACCAGGAGGACGCCCGACGCCACCUGGAGUACCUCAAGUCGCUCCCGAGCAAGCCCAAGAAACCUGACGAGGCUGACGACAUAAGCACUGUUGUCUGACGGCAGUGUCAUAGUGACUGUGUCCCACACAAACAUCACAAACACCACAAUGUUUAUUGUAACAGGACCCACAUUUAUAGUGUAUACUAUUUCAAACUUUUAGGUGAUGUGAGCUCCCAAUCUGCUGAGAAAUCUUUGUUUUUUGGAAAUUUUGUUGUAUGUCCUUACCAGGGUUUGUUCAUGACUGAUCUGAGAUGAGAUGAGAAGUGGGGCCACAGAGUCUAAUA